GGAUGGUACCUUUUGAAGUAACGACGUGGAAGGAAUAUCUUGUGGAUGGCGAACUUGGUUCAGUUUGCUAACGUUAAUUAGCCACUAAUUAACCAUUAUCAACUUUAUGUUAACACAUUAACCUCACGGUGGAUUGAAAAAUAUUCAUAGCUAGUUAUGGUAUGAUACGAAUGGUUUUCUUGUGCAGUUGUGCAUUGUGAAUAAAUUAGUUGGCUAGCUAGCAAGUUGUAGCGGUGGAUUGCUGACUCUUCACUUCUGCUAACGUUAUAGAACUUGUUAGACCUCUUGUAUUGGUUUGGUAGUUAGCUACCUGUCAGUACACAGUUUAAAAAAAAAAAAAGGAUACUUUAACGAUUAACGUGACUCGCUUCCUAACCGGCUAGCUAGUAUAACCAACUUGUAGGUUGCUAGCGAGGCAGUUACCUAAGCUAGCAAUGGGAUAAGUUGCAGGAGAAAGACAGGCAUUAUAUGUUAGCUUGCGUGCAUGUUAUCGGAAGUUGGGAUGUUGGUAACACCCAGCCGAGGUAAUGUAGCUAAUGUAUAUGGAGCUUCAGUAACCAUGCUAGGCAGCUAGCUGACCAUAUAGAAAAGACGUGUCACUUAUUAGCCAAUGAUUGACAGGGCACUGGCGAACUGGGAAGCUUAGCUAACGCAGCAGGUAGUUGGCUGGCUAAGUGGCUAACGUUUGCUAGCUAGCUACCCUGGUCAGUGUACCCGCCAGGUACAUUCGCAGCAGCUAAUUGGCUGCUAUAAAGUUAAAUAAGGUCAAUAGAAACAGACACGAGUGGGAUUUCUGUCUGACAGUGGCUAACCUAACUUCGUCAAAAUGGGCUCGUUAUUCCGGAGUGAAGAGAUGUGUUUGGCCCAGCUCUUUCUGCAGUCUGGGUCGGCUUACGACUGUAUCAGUGAACUGGGAGAGAUGGGUCUUGUCGAAUUCAGAGACCUCAACCCCACUGUCAACUCCUUCCAGCGCAAGUUUGUCAGCGAGAUCAAGAGGUGUGAGGAAAUGGAGCGAAUUCUGGGUUACCUGCUCCGGGAGAUCAAGAAGGCGGACAUUCCACUGCCCGAGGGGGAUGUCAAUCCCGUCGCCCCUCUGCCCAAACACGUAAUGGUGAUAAUGGAGCAGCUGCAGAGGCUGGAGGUGGAGCUGAGCGAGGUCACGCGGAACAAGGAGAAGCUGCAGAAGAACCUUCUGGAGCUCACCGAGUACACGCACAUGCUGCGCAUCACACGCAACUUUGUGCACCGCAGCGCGGAGCGCGAGCCCCUGCAGGCUCAGUACGAGGAGUUCCCCUUCCUGGAGAAGGACCCCAUGAUGGACUACACCAGCAUGCAGCGUCUGGGAGCCAAGCUCGGGUUCAUCUCGGGCCUGAUCCACCGGGUGAAGAUCGAGGCCUUCGAGCGCAUGCUGUGGAGGGUGUGCAAGGGCUACACCAUCCUGAGCUACGCCGAGAUCGACGAGUGUGUGGAGGACGCAGACACGGGUGAAACCACAAAAAGUGUUGUGUUCUUAAUCUCCUACUGGGGGGACCAGAUCGGGCAGAAAGUGAAGAAGAUCUGUGACUGCUACCACUGUCACCUCUACCCCUACCCCAACAGCAACGAGGAGAGGAGGGAUGUGGUGGAGGGCCUUAGGACCCGUAUCCAGGACCUACACACUGUGCUGCACAGGACAGAGGACUACCUGAAGCAGGUGCUGCACAAGGCCUCUGAGUCGGUGUACACCUGGGUGAUCCAGGUGAAGAAGAUGAAGGCCAUCUACCACAUCCUCAACCUGUGCAGCUUCGACGUCACCAACAAGUGUCUUAUCGCCGAGGUCUGGUGUCCCGUCAAUGACCUGCCUGUCCUCCGGAGGGCGCUAGAGGAGGGCUCGCGGAAGAGUGGAGCCACCGUGCCCUCCUUCGUGAACCGAAUCCCCAGCAGCGACACUCCGCCCACCCUCAUACGGACCAAUAAGUUUACGUCGGGCUUCCAGAACAUCGUGGAGGCCUACGGCGUGGGGAACUACAGGGAGGUGAACCCCGCUCCCUACACCAUCAUCACCUUCCCCUUCCUGUUUGCGGUGAUGUUCGGGGACCUGGGCCACGGCGUGAUCAUGGCGCUGUUCGCCCUGUGGAUGGUGCUGCGCGAGAACGACCGCAAGCUGAAGCGCACCAGGAACGAGAUCUGGAACACGUUCUUCGAAGGGCGCUACAUCAUCCUGCUGAUGGGCCUGUUCUCCGUGUACACGGGGCUCAUCUACAACGACUGCUUCUCCAAGUCCCUCAACAUCUUCGGCUCGGGCUGGAGCGUCAGGGCCAUGGCCAAGCAGAGCGGCUGGACGGAUCGUACCUUGAGCACAAAUGCCUUCCUUACCCUUGAUCCCAACGUGACCGGAGUGUUCAACGGGCCAUACCCCUUGGGCAUAGACCCGAUUUGGAACCUGGCCUCCAAUCGUCUGACAUUCCUCAACUCCUAUAAGAUGAAGAUGUCCGUUAUCCUGGGCAUAAUUCAUAUGUCGUUUGGAGUCAUCCUGGGUGUCUUCAACCACCUGCACUUCCGGAAGAAGUUCAACCUGCUCCUGGUGUUCCUGCCGGAGCUGCUAUUCCUACUGUGUCUGUUCGGCUACCUGGUGUUCAUGGUCGUGUACAAGUGGCUGGCCUUCACCGCUCGGGAGUCCCAGACCGCCCCCAGCAUCCUCAUCCACUUCAUCAACAUGUUCCUCAUGCAGGGGGGCGCGGUGCCCCCCCUGUUCCCCGGCCAGGCAGGGUUUCAGAUGUUCCUCCUGGUGGUCGCCCUGCUCUCUGUGCCUGUGCUGCUGCUGGGUAAACCUGUCUACCUGUACUGGCUGCACCACGGAGGAGGCAGCCUGGGGUCCUACCGGGGUUACGAGCGUGUUCGCCGCAGCAGUGAGGAGGAGGUGUCUCUGAUGCGGGCUCAUGACAUGGAGGAAGGCGGGAGCCAUGGCGACCACUCAAACAGCCGGGACGGUCAUGCUGAGGAGUUUGACUUUGGGGACGUGUUCCUGCACCAGGCCAUCCACACCAUAGAGUACUGCCUGGGCUGCAUCUCCAACACCGCCUCCUACCUGCGCCUGUGGGCCCUGAGCCUGGCGCACGCCCAGCUGUCAGAGGUGCUGUGGACGAUGGUGAUGAGGGUUGGUCUGCGGGUGGACAUUAAGUUUGGGGUGGUGUUCCUGGUCCCUGUGUUCGGCCUGUUCGCCGUCCUCACUGUGUCCAUCCUGCUGGUGAUGGAGGGCCUGUCUGCCUUCCUGCACGCGCUCAGACUGCACUGGGUGGAGUUCCAGAACAAGUUCUACAGCGGCUCCGGGGUCAAGUUCAUCCCGUUCGCCUUCUCCCUGAUGCCGUCCAGCUUCGAGCACGACGGCCUCCUGUGAGCAGGGCCGUGAUUGGACACUGUGCCAGGGGGGGCGGAGCUCCGCCGGGCCCGCCUCUCCGCCUCCUCCCGACUCAUUUUACACUUUAUCCAGACUGUCUGUUGCACUGAACUGCCUUACCUGAUCGCAACCAAAUAUUAGCAUAUCGAGGCCGAUGAGGAUUAUUUAGAAAUUCUGUGGCUGUCCCAGGAUGCCAGACUUCCGGGUGUGGAAGGACUUUGUCAACUGGAGAUCGCUUCAUAUGAAGACGUCUUUUUUUAUUUUUCUCCUUUUUUUUUUAUGAAUGCUAAAAGUGCCGCGUCCCUUCAGGCUUUGCUCUUUAGGUUUAGGAGUUUGUGUUGGGAACGAGGAGCGUGAACGUACGUACACUCGUGCGUUUGAUGCUGAAUGUACGUACACUGGUGCGUUUAGAUUCUGAACGUACGUACACUGGUGCGUUUAGAUUCUGAACGUACGUACACUGGUGCGUUUAGAUUCUGAACGUACGUACACUGGUGCGUUUAGAUUCUGAACGUACGUACACUGGUGUGUUUAGAUUCUGAACGUACGUACACUGGUGCGUUUAGAUUCUGAACGUACGUACACUGGUGUGUUUAGAUUCUGAACGUACGUACAUGGAUGCGUGUAGAUUCUGAACGUACGUACACUGGUGCGUUUAGUAGAUUCUGAACGUACGUACACUGGUGCGUUUAGAUUCUGAACGUACGUACACUGGUGCGUUUAGAUUCUGAACGUACGUACAUGGAUGCGUGUAGAUGCUGAACGUACGUACACUGGUGCGUUUAGAUGCUGAACGUACGUACACUGGUGCGUUUAGAUUCUGAACGUACGUACACGGACGCGUUUAGAUUCUGAAUGUAGUUCUGACCACAGGUGGCCUGCUUCGUCUUGCUACCUGGAGAUUUCCACGUUCCGCCGGCCUGGGCUUCAGCUCAAAGCCUUUGUCAUGGAGACGCUGGAGCGCUGAGACGAUCGCACGGCGGGACGGUCAGGAGCGGGACAGCGCCGCUCUCUGGGGACGCUCCGGCCCCCCUGCUGCUUCACCGUGGGUUUGGGGGUCAGAGCCGCCCCUCUGACCGAAAGACGCACAUUAAAGACGUUCAGACGUGGACCGUUUACUGUAGUCUGGUAGGUUGUCCGUCCGCUGCUGGCUUGUCACUCCAGUGGCGGCGUGGAGCUGAUGGUGACGCGAAGCUGAAAGUCCGAUCGCGGUUCAGUGAUCCCCGCUGAAGACACCAAGUCGUGUCGCCUACGCAGUCCUUCACUCGGGCCUAGGACGGGAUGACGUGAAACCUUUGGCCCUCAUGAAAUACAGAUCGAGCUUAACCGCUUGUUAUUUUUGGUAUAAUUUCUACUCCGGAGAGUGUUAAAUGACCACUACACUACACUUGCUAGGUAAGCGCAAUAGUGCUCAUUCAGCCAGCUCCGUCUGCGUCGUCUCUGUCCUCAUUCGGUCGUCAUGACAAUAAGGGAUAUUGAGGAAGAUGGAAAAACUCGACUUGAACCAAGUGAAGAUAACAGUGUUGGAGAAAUGAAAAAUGACACGCAGUUUGGUGCAUCUGGACCGGGUGUACUCGUGUUGCAAUGUGAGCUACUGAGCUCCCUCCACUAGGGGGAGACAUUUGCCUGUUUGGAAAUUGUCAAACGCUUUUGAUUCCCAAGAAGGGGGGGAAGGGGGGUCAAAAACAGCUUUUAAUCUUAUUUAUUGUGAUUAAUAGAUGUGUUAUGACGUACGUCAUGUAGUGUAAAAGAUGAAUAAUAAUAUUGUUUGAUUUUUAUCAAUGUGAUCGACUCGCACUCCAUCCCCCCAUAUAUUUUUCUUACAUUCCACUGUUUUUGGGUCAGUACUAUUUUUCACAUUCUCAAAAUCUUCAUUCAUGUAAGUUAAUAAAAUUGACAAAUUGGUUGUAAAUGCA